AUGAAAGAGAUUCAUUAUGCCAAAGAAGAAUUUUUCAUGAAAAAUUCCAGUCACAAUAUUGAGUUUACUCACGAAAUGUUAAUAAAUGCAUUAGAAAAUAAUAACAAUCAUAUCAUGAAUAUGUGCCUACAUUCAAGAAAUCUAAUAAAUGAGAUGUCUGGAUUAAUCACCGAUUUUGAACUACUAAAAAAUCACUGCUACAACUGAAAGGAUCCAUCAAGCCGUAUCCCAACCAUAGAAGAAUUUAUAUGGCAAUUGACUUCAAACAGAAAUUUUGAGUUUUCCUUAAAGUUAACUUCAGAGCUUCAGAUGCCUAUUUGCAAGAAAAAAACCUUUGGAAUGAGUGUUGAUUUGAUAUCUCACUCAGGGGCUGUGCUUGAUUCUUCCUUCAAACUUGACUUGCUUUGUGAACUUUAUACAUCUGAAAAUCCACCAAAGAGGCUUACAGAAGGAAAAGCUGGUAAAAAACCUUUGGCUGGGAAUACAAAAGCAGAAUUGAGUUGAAAUCAAAGGAAAAACUGCCAUUCUGCUCAUUUUAAGCUAACUCCCCCCAAUCCUUGAUCGAACGACUCGCCAUCGUUCGAUCAAGGAUGGGAGUUAAAACAAAUUUUUUUAGGGAAAAAAAAUUAUAUAUAUUUUUUUUAUUUAUUUUUAAAUAAGAAGGUUAAGAGUAUUUAAUAAUUAUUUUUACAGCAAAAAAUUGAAUUAAUUUCAUAAAAUACCAAUUUUUAAUAUUUUGAUUUAUUAGUACCCUUUUAAACCGUAUAAAUUUUAAUUUGUUCCUUAUUGAAUUAAAUUUUUUUUUUUAAAUUUUAAAGAAUCUCUCUUUUAUUAGAUUAUUGAGUUUUUAAGCCUAGGUUGAUGGCUAAAUCACUUCGAAUGGUUGAUUUCGCAGCUUUUUAUCGUCUCAAAGCUCUGAAAACAACUUUAUUAGGUAUAUCUUCCCAAGCUUUUGAUAACUAAUAUAUUUUUAUAUAUACAUAAAAAUUUGUAUUAUAUGAAAAUCGUUCGAUCAAGGAUGGGGGUUAAUUUCCCCAAUUUUUAGGAAUUUUUACAGUCAAUCGUUCAAUCAAGGAUGGGGGGAGUAAGAGCUAAUGAGGUUUCUUCGCAUUAUAGAAAUGGGUGAUUCUUUUUGGUAAUUACAGCUGGUAAGGAUUAUGGGCUGGAUAUUAAGCCCCUUAUUAUUGACAAUUUUAACGUUAAAGCAAAGCAGUAUUAUCCCUUAAUAGAUCUUUAUAAGGUGAAUUAA